AUGAGGAUUGGCAGGUGGAGCCGAGGUCCGGUCAUCGGCCGCGGCUCCUCCGCCGCUGUCUCUAUAGCCACCGACAUUGCGUCCGGCGACGUCUUCGCCGUCAAGUCCGCUGAGCUCUCGCGCUCCGCCUCCCUGCAGCGGGAGCAGAGGAUCCUGUCGUCGCUCGAUUCGCCUUACGUCGUCUCUUGCUUUGGGUCCGAAGUGAUCUCGGAUUCGCCGUCGGGAGGUUGCAGCUACAACCUUUUCUUGGAGUACGCCGUGAGGGGGUCGCUGGCGGACGACGUGGCGAAGCACGGCGGGCGGCUGGAUGAGGCGGCGAUUCGGUCCGAAACCGGCGACAUCCUCCGGGGCUUGGCUUACCUCCACUCCAGCGGCGUCGUCCACUGCGACGUCAAGGGCCACAAUGUCCUCGUUGGCUCCGACGGCACCGCCAAGCUCGCCGACCUGGGCUGUGCCCGCCGGAUUGGCGAAGAACGCUGUGAAAUAAGGGGCACGCCCAUGUUCAUGGCUCCGGAAGUGGCCCGCGGGGAAGAGCAGGGGCCGCCGGCCGACAUGUGGGCCCUCGGCUGCACCGUGAUCGAGAUGGCCACCGGCCGGGGGCCAUGGUCGGACGUCUCCGACCUCGCCGCGGCGCUUCACCGGAUCGCCUUCUCGCCGGAAGUGCCGGAGCCGCCCAGCUGGCUCUCCCGCGAGGGGAAAGACUUCUUGAGCAAGUGCUUGGUGAGGGAUCCCAGAAAGCGGUGGACUGCGGAGCAGCUCCUGGAGCACGAGUUCGUGAGCUCCUCACCGAAAUCCAGCGCCGAGCAGCGGUGGGAGUCCCCAAAGAGCGUUCUCGACCAGACACUCUGGGAAUCGCUGCUGGAAACCGACGAGUGCCAGUCGCCCGAUGAUCCAUCGAAGAGAAUGGAGCAGUUAAUCGGCGUCGGCAUCCCCCGCUGGAGAUGGGACGACGACUGGGCGACAAUCAGAAGCAACAACGGCGCCGUCGCCGCCCAAUCCAAUUCUCUGAAGAAUUCACAUUAGCGACCGACAUCGAUGAUGCAUAUACUGUUUUUGCGAUAAUAUAUUUAAUUGUUCCAGUUCCAAGGAAACAACACGAAGAAAAAUCCAAAUUGAGAUUUUAUCAAUUUGGGGAAAGGUAAAGGCGGGCAGUGGCUGGAUGGUUAGGCAUAAAGCGAGGAGGAGGAGUCAGAUGUUGGCAAUGGUUGCUUCGUCGUUUUGAGUCUGAGCUGGGACGGUGGCCACUUUGCUGGCAGUGGAGAUUUGCAAUUCCACUGAGCAAGGUAAAGAAUCUGAAUCGGAGGGAGGUGGGGGAUCUGAUCACAGGACAAAAAUCUGUCUGGCUGGAAUAAAUGUGGAGGCGUUGAAGAUCUUCUGAAUCCGAAAAUGUGGCUGCAGGAACAUAUUUUCAAUGCGUCAAUCCAUGUAGAUCUGCAGACUGGCCAGCAAGGGUUCCAUCAUGGAAGGGCUUUACAACCAGCGGUCCAAACUGCUUGCUUGGGACUAGAGGCUAGA